AUGGGUGGAGGUAAUUCUCGUCAAAAACAGCCUUCUGUUCCUAUUCCGCAGAUGUCACAAUAUGCAUCACCACCACCAGUUUCAUUAUUACCACCAGCACGACCGAUUAGUCCAGUAAUGCCUUCUAUGGGAGGUGCUUCAAGUCUCAGUCGAAAACAAUUACGACAAUAUGAAGAAGCUAAUCGAACUCUUCAAGAGUUACAAAAUCAAAUGCAACGAGGUGGUGCUAGUGGAUUGGGCCCAUCGUCAUAUGGUGGUCCAUCAUCAUACGGUGGUCCUCCUAUUUUGAACGCAUCAAUGCCGUAUAAUAAUAAUAAUAAUACACCACCAUCAUCUUACGGUGGUCCUUCAUCAUAUCCACCACCAAGUCCUCUUAUUCAACGAUUAUCUGCACCACAUUCACACUAUCCUCAAUCACAAAGUCCAUUUGGUCCUGGUGGUUAUCGAGAUUCCGAUUAUGCAGCUGUUGCUAAUAUAGCUGGAUUGAAUCCAACUGAUAUAGCAUUACUUCAUCGAGAAUAUUUGAAUCUAACACGUGGUGGUACAAAUAAAAUUGAUCGUGUUGUUUUUCGUCAAUUAUUACGUGAAGCACUUAUUGAAGCAAAUAAUGAAAAUGUUGAUCGAGCUAUUGAAAAUAUCUUUGUUAGUAUUGAUCGAAAUCGUGAUGGUUAUAUUGACUUUCCAGAAUUUGUAGGAGCAUUUAGAGAUGUAUUAAAAUCAGGUCCAAAUGAUCCACCAAAUUAUUUAGCACAAUAUGGCCUUUCUGAUUUAAUCAAUGAACAAUCACGAGCACAAAAUUCAUAUCCUAGUUAUGGUUAUCAAUCAAUAGCACAAGUUCAACAACCACAAGUUUUAUCUGUUCCAUCACCUCAUGUUCAACAAGCACCCAUGGUUUAUGGUGGUUCAGCUCCAUUAGUGAUUUCACUUGAUCCAAAUCAAACACCCUAUAUAGUCAAUACUCAAGGUCAACCUAUGACGGGACAACCAACAGCUUUACAAUGUGUACAAUUACCUAUAAUGUGA